AUGAAGAUCUCGGCGAUCCAGUUUCUGGUGGCAGUACUUAAAGCUCUGCCAGAAGCCAGAGCAUGCAUGACUUGCUAUCCCGACAACUUGCAGCAUCCCUUUGCAACAGCAACCAUGGCCGCUCUCGCCGUCAAUGCCACGGGCUGCGCCUCUGCAGCGUUCACCAACAUCACCCUUUUCGGAGCUCAAAUCCACUCAGUUGAGGCCAAUCUUGUCACCGAUUACAGUUUCAAUGUACCCAAGGGUUGGACAUAUUCACAGCCGGCUUUGGACGUGCAGAAUGCCACGUUCUGCAACGUCACUGUGACUUACAGCCACACGACUGAGGAUGACAACAUUGUCGUUGAGGCUUGGCUGCCAACCGAAGAAAAUUACAAUGGCCGACUUCAGGCUGUUGGAGGUGGCGGCUGGACGGCGGGCCGCUUCAUUCUCAGCUAUGCUGCUAUGAUUAACGCGGUUGCUAGCGGCUAUGCUACCGUCACUACCGAUGCUGGAAUCCCCACUGCUCAAAAUCCAACCGACUGGCUGUUGAAGAGCCCCGGAGUUCUGGACACGAAUGCGUUGCAAAACUUUGGCCAAGUCGCCAUGAAAGACGAGGCUGUCAUUGUGAAGCAACUUAUUUCAUCUUACUACGGCCAAGAGCCUCUCUAUUCCUAUUGGAAUGGCUGCUCCCAAGGCGGCCGCAUGGGCAUGAAGGUCGCGCAGCAGUACCCAGAUGUCUACGACGGCAUCAUGGCGGCUGCUCCCGCGCUGAACUGGGCUGAGUUCUACAUCAACUCUAUCUGGCCCAGCUUCUACAUGGAGAACACGCAACAGUUCCCUCGCGACUGCGAGCUCAACGCGCUCACUGCUCUCGGAAUUGCGGCCUGUGACAGUCUAGAUGGCGUGAAGGACGGCCUCAUCAGCGACCCUGAAGCUUGCCGGGCCACUUUUGAUCCCUUCGGCCACGUCGGCGACUCUUUCUUCUGCUCGACAACUAACACCACACUCAAAAUCACUCAAGCCGCCGCCGCCGUCGCCAACGCUUCAUGGACCGGACCUCGCUUCUCGAAUGGAAGGUUUUUGUACGAUGGUUAUGAAAUCGGAAGCGAUCUCUCAGUCAUUGCCCCGACCAGCUGCACUGGUGAGGUGUGCACCAGCGCUGGCCGUGCAAACAUCCUCUUCCCCUGGCAAGCCUUCGUUACGAAAGACCCGAGCGCAACGCUUCCUAACAUCACUGAUGGAACCUUUGACACCAUCUACCGCGCCGUCAAAUUGACUUUUGCUUCCAACAUGGAGACCGGCGAAGUCGACCUGCGAGACUUCAGAGACGCCGGCGGAAAGCUGAUGACUUACCACGGACUUGCCGAUCAAAGCAUCUCUCCGGGAGGCACACUUCGCUACUACAACAAGGUCGCAGACUUUGUCGGGAACGUCACGUCGUUCUACAAGUACUAUCGCGUGCCCGGUCUUGAGCACUGCUGGGGAGGCAACGGCGGCCAACCGGAACAUAUGUUUUCCCAGCUUCGAGCUUGGGUUGAGAAUGGCACCGAACCCCAAUCCUCCCCAGUCGUUGUGACAACCUCCAACAACACUGCCCAGCAGCAGAUCCUGUGUCCUUACCCUCAGAAGGCCACCAUGAAUACUUCUUGCGCUACUCUUCUCCCGCCCCCACUCCGAACAUCGGUAUCGGCGGACACCGGAGCGGUGUGGUCCUCAGCGACAAGCUCGAAGACUAUUUUCAUUGAACAUGAGCUUGCCAGCAAGACCGAUAUCGACGGCCUCACAUUAAUUCCCCCCAGUGGUCUCGACUUUGCCACGCUCUUUCGAGAGGACAUCAGCAAGCUUACAGGCGAGAACUGGACUUUGCAGCGUGUGGAUCGCAUCGCCAAUGUCAACGCCAGCGGUAUUCUUCUCGGCUCCUUCACCGGCAACAGAUCUGCGAUCACCUAUCAAAACGGAAAGUCCACAUCGGAAGGCUAUGAGCUGAACGUGUCCCCUACCGCCGCAGUUAUCGGUGGCACUGGAGCCCGGGGUAUGUGGUGGGGAACAAGAACACUCCUACAGCUUCUCGUUGCCCAUAACGGAAGCCUUCCUGUGGGAACGACGAUUGAUGCACCGGCCUACGAGACACGCGGCUUCAUGCUCGACGCCGGGCGCAAGUGGUAUGCACCAGGAUUCUUGAAAGAGUUGUGCAGCUACGCGUCAUUCUUCAAGUUGAGCGAGUUUCACUACCAUCUCUCCGACAACUACCCGCUCAAUCGCGGAAAGAACGAAUCAUGGCAAGACGUCUACUCGCACUUCUCAUUGAGACCCGAGGACGAGUCGCUGCUACCCAUUCUGCACGGCCGCGAGAAUGAGACCCUGAGCCGAGAGGACUUUGCCGAUCUGCAAAGCCAUUGCGCUGCAAGGGGUGUCACUGUCAUUCCCGAGAUUGAGGCACCUGGCCACUGCCUGUAUCUGACAAAGUGGAAGCCAGAGCUAUCUCUGACAAAGCGCGACUUACUCAACCUUUCGCAUCCGGACACUAUCCCAACGGUGAAGCGCAUCUGGUCUGAGUUUCUCCCUUGGUUCGAGACCAAGGAGGUCCAUGUGGGCGCGGACGAGUACGACGCUACGCUCGCUGACGACUACAUCGGCUUUGUAAACGAGAUGUCAGAAUUCAUCAACUCCACAACCGGCAAAACAAUUCGCAUCUGGGGAACAGAAGAGCCCUCUGAGAAUCUCACCAUCUCGAAAGACGUCAUUAUCCAACAUUGGCAAUACGGGCAGUCGGACCCAGUGCUCCUUGCCAACACUGGAUACGAAAUCAUCAACUCGGAAGAUUGGUGGGCAUACAUGUCCAUCAAGAACGAUCACAUGCCCAUUCUUCCGGCUAGAUACCCACAGUUCUUUAACGAGAGCCGUGUGCUCAACUUCGCCGAUGAGUCGGGCUGGCAAUGGACACCGGCCGAUUACAACCCAUUCAACAAGACUGAGCAGUUACCGGACGCGUCUCCAGAUAAUAAAGGUGCUAUUUUGGCAGCAUGGAAUGAUAACGGGCCAGACGCAUCUACUCAGCUUGAGGCAUACUACGCAAUGCGUCGAGGAAUUGCACUAGUUGGAGCGCGAUCCUGGUCUGGCAGCCGUGGCCUGAAGCUUGUGGACAACGAAGUCUCAUCCACCAUCGAUGUAUUUUCGCCUCUUGCACCUGGGCAGAAUCUGGACCGAACUCUACCACCCACCGGACACACUAAAUCCCUCGUCUCGUGGAGUCGCUCUGAACAAGACGUUGCGGAAGUACAUCUUGGAAAAGGAAGUAAGGGAAUGAACUAUACCCUUACACUCAACGCGACGGGCCCUUUCACUCUCUCAGGCCCAGACAAUACACUAUCGCUUAGAAACGAUGGAAGCCUUGUUUUCAACGCGGAUGGCUAUCUGUACCCGCUCCGAUCUGUCAGUGUGACGGAUGCGCUCGAGCUUGACCCCGGCCAUCCGGGACGCAUUUGGGUGAAUGUGACCACCUCAACACAUGAUCCGGUGACGGUGUCGACACUCCCAGCAGAGAUCACGAUUGAGACGGAUGUCUUGCAUGGCAGCGUAGCGUGGAUAAACGGGGUGUUUGCCGGACGAUUUGAAGUAUUCGUCUACGGCGGUCGCAAUACCCAGUUCAGCUGGAGCCAAAUGGCCUUUGUUGCUCCGCUUGACAAUGUUACAGAGUCGGGACUUCAAAGUCUUGUUGUGAGGGAGCUCCAGACGAAUAGCACUAGCUAUCGGAGGUGA